ACUUGAUCUUGACCGACACGUUUGGAUUCACGGGGAAAGAGACAAAACAAACAAACUCACGGACAGACCCCGACCUGGGAACGACUCAAAGGAUUCCUUCUCCUCUUGGAUACCUGAACCCAGAAAUCAGGGUUUUUUUUGGAACAUUUUUAUACAUUUGUUUUCCUUAUCUAUUAUUAUUAUCAUCGUUUAUUUUGUAUUCUUAUCGUCGUCCCCACUCCACACCCCUCCCGGAUUUAAAGUUGGCCCCGUCCCCUGCACAGCGGGUGUACGGUUAAAGUUGGCCCAAGAUGCGGUGCCUUCUCCCGCUCACCGUGUAUUGCAUCAGCCUGGUUUCCCUCCAGCAGCUGCAGGCUGCACCGGUGGAGGAGCGUCCCGACAGCGGCACCAGGUCGGACCUCCUCAGCAAACUCAUCAGCCCGAGGGAGGAUAAAGCCUUGGCGUCAGGAAACCAGCCAACCAACGCCCUGCCCUCUUCAGCCCCCAGCCAAUCCCCAAAAUGGCUGCCCGGUUUCCUCAGGCACCCACCGGCUUCAGGAGCGAGGAUAGGCUCGCCAAGCCUGGCAUGGCUUUCCGCAGCUUCGCAGUUCAAGACAAGGGCACUGAGAGUUCGCCGCCAUGCCCACUCGGGUUUGCGAGGGGGUCACCACUACCCUCAGAAUGCCAAGCUGAUGAGAGUGGGCUGCGUCCUGGGAACCUGCCAAGUGCAGAACCUUAGCCACCGGCUCCAUCAGCUCAUUGGUCAGAGUGGCAGAGAAGACUCGUCCCCUAUUAAUCCCCGAAGCCCUCAUAGUUAUGGAUGAGUUAGACUCCUCCAAACACCCACAGCAAGUCUAUCUAUAUCUCCAUUUAUUUAUCUCUUAAUGUAUUACUGGUAGUCUUUUGCAUUAACAUUUGAUGUAGUCCAUAACUUGUGUUUAUCCAUCUCAAAAAUGAGAAUUAUACUGACAAAUGACUGAAUGUCGUGACUCGCUACUUUUUGUGCUGACUAAUGGAUUUGAAGAUUCAAAUUCAAGAUCAUAGCUGUCUGAAUCCUUAUUCAAACCCCCUCAUUUGAGGUCUCCCGCCAUCCUGGGAAUUGUUGAAAGACACUGAAGUUCUUUGGAUCCUCCCUCCUGAAGGCUCAAAACGAAACCAAGAGGCCCCCGUUUGGUGUCUUAAUCCUGUUAAUGUAAGAAUGAAGGCUUGUCUUCAACACCAUCCAGUGGCUCGGCGCUGUCUGCCAACUGACCUCCCCAGUGGUGGUUAUCCCUUGGCCCAUUGAUCAAACACUUAAGCCCCUAAUGUGGAUUUCAACCUGCACUCUGAGCUGGAGCCCUGUCGAAACCAAUGUAUUCCCAAAGACCUGGUAAUUUGACCCAUUGAACUAUUUUACCUCCCCAUUUGGCCACUGACUACCCUGGAACAGUCCAAAAGCUUUCAGCUGAACUGGGAAUUCAUCGCUCAGCAAGACUUUGUGUUUCACAACCAGGGUUUACAUUUGAAAGCAGCCACAGCACUUCAGUUAUACCCAAGUUUAGAGCGCUCGGAGUCAGGUCUCAACCACAUAAAAUCCAUGUUGACAACGAUUAAAGAAGAGGUUCAGAAGCCACUGCUUUUUGAGGAAUGUCAGCGCCCAAAGGAUCAGUUUCUUUGUUGCAGUAUAUUGGCUGGUUGGCUGACGCAGUAGUGAAGCCUGGAGCCAUGGAUCAGCACUCCGCUGAACCACUGCUGGCAUUUUCUCUGUCAGAGGCCAAGUCUGAAAUAUUAGCCCCUUCACGUGAUUCACAAGUUCCCCCUCCAAGUCAGGCCUUUGGGAUGACAAGAGUUUAAUAUACUUGGCUUAAUCAUUUCAGUCAUAUAUACCGACACAGCAGGGGAGGUGGGGCCCUAAGCCUCCAGUGGUCUGCACACUCAACACGUAUACAUAAAUAUAAAGAGUUAAGCGUUUGGCCUCCACACAUCUGUGCACACGCAGCCUUAAAGGGUCAGUUCAAUUUGGGGUUUGUAAAAGUAGCGUGAGUUCUUAGUGUAGGUCAAAUAAAAUUCAGACUAACUUUGUGUAGACAUUUAUUUUAUUGAGGUUGAAGUAGCCCUUUAAAUGGUUAUGUGCCAAAACAAAAAAGAAUCCACUUACUUUUUAUAAACAUACACUGGGCUGACUUUUUACAGCAAGGGACCAAUUAAGUACAGUGGACUGAGGGAAUAGAGCAAUACUCUCAAGUAAAUCCCAUAGUGUUCUUACAAGUCAGUACAUCUUUCAUUUUAUGCUCAGGUGUUCAAAUGAAGGAUGUAAGCCCAUGAGAUAUUUUGGGGCAACAUUAACUAGGAAUUAGAAAAAACAAAAAUCUUAAAAUGAGGUUCUAAAACAGACAAAUCCACCAAUACUGUGUAUAGCAGACGAAAAUGAUUUUAUUCCCGGAACAAAAGGUCAAUUGUUCCUUAUGUUUCCUCUUGGCAAUACCUGACAGCACUUUGCACCAAUUUACAAUAUUUCGUUUGGCAGCACCAGGCACCAUAAAAGUCCUACUGUUACAAUGCGGGUUUCUAAUGAGAGACCACGGUGACCAAAAUGUUAGGUGUACGAGAGCGCGCUUUCAAAUAAGUACACAAAAUAGCGUAGCACCAUCACAAAUACACGCCCUGACAUUUUCUUGUUCUUUAAUUAUGUCCAUCUUUGGAACGGUGGACAGAUGAUGGACUGAGACUAAACGAGGUCAAGUUCUCCUCAUAGUGCAUGCUCAAAUUUGAAGUCAAAGUCCAAGUUCCCCCCCAAAAUGCAACCUAAGCCUUAAAACCCAGAUGUUUUUUCUGAGAAGCAUCUAUAUUACAUAUGGCUUACAUUAUUACAAGCAUCUGUUCCAUGAGUUUACGUUAUUAUAGUUGAGUCUUAACUUAGAUAGAGCUGUUGAAUAUUUCAUAUUUCAGUAGAAAAGCAGUGGAUUUACUCAUCUAGUUGUUUGAUCAUAGAAACUUUUGAGCUUUUGUUAGAACAUGACAUUCUGUAAUCCUGAGACCAUUAGUUUAAACUCACCAAAUACCUGGCAAUACUUGACGUCAUAUAUUAAUGUGUUUUACAUCUUAUUCUGUGUUUCUUCUGUUUUCUUUGAUUUUUCCCCCAUUUCCCUUAAUCAAAAGCUUCUUUAUAUCAAGUCUCUCAGCCCUGUCCUGCCUCUCUUUCCCUCUUCUAUCUGUAAUCAUUGGAGCCUGGAGGUCACAGGGUAAUAAUCAUUGGUUCCUAAAUCUAAUCUGUUGAUAGGCUUGCUGAGGUGAAACAUGCCAUCCUCUUAGCUGUAAUGGAGCUAAUCAUUAUCUCGUGACAAAUCAUUAAAAGGCUUUUCAAAUGCUGAAAACCCCCUGGUGGAUCUCUCUCUUCUUUUUGAACUGUACUGUUUCACACGUCUGUAUGUGUUUGAGCUGGGGGUAUGCAUCCUAUCAGGACACUUAUCUCCCGUGUUUGAUCUGUGCCCUGGACCAUUGUGCCACCAGACUCUUUUUUUUUUUUCUUCCCCCGCAGUACGUUUUUAUGACAUCGGGCAGUGCGUCAUGUCUAGUUGUGAGAGCAAACUGUGCACGACCGCUAAUACCUCCCCGUAGACAUGUGUACAGAUUUCAAAGCUCAGUAUUGCAAAGACGUACAGUAGGAAUGACAGCAGUGUCGGCAUGUAACAAAUGUUUCUGUUAGAGUUGUACGGUAUAGGAAGACCUCAGUGGAUCUACUUUUUCCUUUUUGUUGCCUUUUGAAAGUCACAUGAUCUGCUUUUGAGUCACAGGAAAGCACUUUAAUGCAUCAAUGUGUUCACCGAUAGUUUCCCACAGCUUGAAUUUCACUGUGAAAGUUGGUUCCUAUUGUAAAUGUUGCAUUUGAGAUGUGUUUGAAUAUGUCAGUGCACUUAAUGUGUCAUCACGGUGACUGUGAAGGGUGACUGUCAUGUGCCCCUGUGAAUGUUUGUUUGUAUGUAUAUAUCUAUACAUAUAUAUACCUAUAUAUAUAUAUAUGUGUGUGUGUAUAUAUAUAUUCAGCCAAUUAUUUAAAGUUAUGUAUUUAAGUUAUCUUUUUAAGUUAAUAUCGGUAUGUCACCAAAGACUCUUUGUCUCUUAUUUUCCACUGCUCCUUAAACAUGACCUUAUGUUAGGAGAGGAAGUCUUAAUGUUACUGUUUGACGAUGUCCUUCACUCUGUAAAAUAAAGACCUAUACUGUAGUGUGAUGGAGUAUAGACUGUGAUUUAA